AUGUUCGUGGUUCAACGACCCUCAGCAGCAUCCUUUUGCUUCUUUGCUGCUCUGGGUGUUAUUCCAACUGUAUUCGGCCAAGAUAGAAUCUUCAUUAAUGGGACGGGCGACGAUGGUGUAUUCCACGAUCGCCUAGACGUUAGCAGGACCCCUUCGCUCUAUACCGGCGACUUCGAUGACUGCUUAAAUGAUGGAAGUUUGUUCAAUGUAACUGGCUUUGACACAGCUUAUUACUCUGACAACCUCACUGUAUCAUUUCAUCUAUACGGAAGCUCCAAUAUCCGUCGAGAAAAUGUCAUGAUGCAUCUCUCUAUCGAGGUCUAUGGGGAGGAGCGUUUCAAUAAGACUUACGAUCCAUGCGCGGCUAACAUCACAAGUCUCUGUCCACUUGAGGCCGGAGAGCUUGUCAACGCAUAUAUCACUACUUCGAUUUCAGCUGACGAUAUCGCCGGCAUCCCUUCAAUCGCGUUGAACAUUCCUGAUUUGGAAGGAUUCUCCCGCCUGCGGAUUUUUGCCAACUCGACACAGACCGAAAUUGGAUGUUUCCAGGCCACCAUGAGCAACGGCAGGACUUUCUCACAGCCAGAGAUCGUCGGAACGAUCCUAGGAGUUUUCACCGUGUUUGCAGUCUUGGCCUCGUUCGCAACUGCUAUUUACGGUGUGCAAAUCCAGCACAUGAGAAUGCAUUAUGCCCAUUCGUUCUCAAUCUUAAUCAUCUUUGAGACUUUCCAGUCGAUCUUUUUCUCGGGGGCGCUGUCUGUCAACUGGCCUGCUUUACUUCCGGCCUGGUGGAGCAACUUUGCAUGGACCGCUGGUAUGUUCGCGACCGACGAUAUGAUCGGGGCUAUCAGUCCCUUCGCAGGCGUUUCAGGCAACGCGAGCCAGGUUGGCUCUGCAGGUUCGAUUCCUAUCAACAAUGGAGGCGGUCUGGCCCAACAAAUCUUCGGCCGAAGCCUACAGAGUCGCGCUAUUGUUCAGCAAGAUGACGUUCUACACUCUCUCGUUCGCCGGGCUGAUUUCAACUCUAGCAAUCCAUAUGACUAUAGUUGGGCCGGAGGACCUCGGAAUCCAGGAAUGCCACUACCGGGCGACUACUCUGGCUUUCCGGGAGUUUUAUCUGUACUUGGGAUCCCUCGGAAUGAUGCUUUCAUUAUUGGUCUCAUUUGGCUUCUUGUCGUCUUGUUAGCCGUCGCCCUUUUCAUAACGUUUGCCAAGCUCACACUUGAGUUGUGCGCCAAGUGCAAAUUGACCAAGUCAGAUGGCUUCGACUACUUCCGCUCGCACUGGCUUGGAUAUCUGGUAGCAGGCUUGCUGCGAACUCUUUUCAUAGCGUUCUUCGUCAUGACAACCCUUACACUGUUCCAAUUCUCGAUCAAUGGGCCUCCAGGGCCAACUGCAAUCGCCGCCGUCAUCUUUGUCAUGUUUAUGGGGUUCGCCGGUUUUACAGCCUAUGCUUGCUCGACAAGAUUGCGUGAGGGCAAAUAUGAGGUUGUGUCUGACACUCUACGCUUUGAGCAAGGCAAGAUUUUGAAAAAGAUCCCAUUUGUUGCGACGACUCUUGAGAGUUCGAUAGGCGAAGAGGAACAAGCACAGAAGCCACGCCUGUUUGCCAGUUUGCCAAUCCGACGUAUCAGAUUUGUUGACAAAGACCCCGAGCGACCCAAAGUUCACCAAGAUGAGUCUUACAUCAAGCGGUUUGGAUGGCUCUCGGCUCGAUAUCGACUCUCUCGAUGGUGGUUUUUCACAGUGUACCUGGCUUACCAAUUUGUGCGCGCAUGUCUUAUCGGCGGAGGCCGUGCGAGCCCCUUGGCCCAAGUCUAUGGUCUCUUUAUAUUUGAGAUCAUUUCUCUAACCAUCAUCAUCAAACUCAAGCCCUUUGAGGGUUCUCGUAACACAACAGCAGCCAUCUGGUUACUUUCAAUUUCCAAGAUUGUUACCACUGGCCUUUCCAUCGCCUUCUUGCGAACUCUGGACCUGAGCCGCGUUGCAGCAACAGCUAUUGGCAUGAUAAUUCUUGUGGUCCAAUGUUUUCUUGCGGCGGCUAUCUUGGUUCUUAUCGUGCUCGGAAUGGUUUCCACGUGGAUGUCCUUAUCCCGGAACCGUGAGGAUUUCCCCGAGAAAAUUGACGAUCUUCGUGUCCGAUACUUCGAACACAUGGAGGAUAGGGCGGGUACUACGAAGCCCAAAGAGGACGACGUGGACGAACUUGAAGAGCUGUCGAAAUCCAUCUUCAGCGUGAGCAAUGUGAAGCGUAACACCCACAACAAUGCGUUUCCAACGUUGGAGGGCACGAGAUCCCAAGUGCCGUCUCAUCCAGCGCAUCCACUGAACCGACCGCGCCGGACAAACAGUGCCAGUUCCCGGCACUCUGUCAAUAGUCUGCCUCGGAGUGGUCGUACCCAUCGUGCUUCAUGGAGUUCAAAGGAUUUUGCAGAGUGGGAUGCUGAUAUGAAUAGGGGCGACACGUCCCGAAUCAGCCGCAUGCGAAGCAGCUCGUUGCGCGUGCAAGCAUCCAAAUACUCUGUAAGCCGGCCCCCCAUGACACCGACUCGAGAGUCUGCCGAGUUUCCGCGCAUGAGUGUCAGCGCCGUGGACAAGGACGCGAUUGCUCAAGACAAAAUCGAAGAGAACGUUGCUACCCCGAAGAGAAGAAAAAGAACUGUCAGUUGGGCCGACCAGAGCUCAAUAUGCGAAGAGCCCCCCGAAGAGGUUUCAAAGAAUGACGACAAGCCGCUGGAGAAGAUUGACUCGACGGGGGGUCGACAUGAAGCAACCGCGACAAAGUCCGAAGAAUAA